UUCCAGGUACAAAUUCUUGAUAAGAAGCUGGACUUAAGCAAUGUGCAGUCCCGGUGUGGCUCCAAAGAUAAUAUAAAACAUGUACCCGGUGGUGGAAAUGUUCAAAUUGUGCACAAAAAGAUUGACCUGAGCACCGUUCAGUCUAAAUGUGGAUCGAAAGACAACAUUCGUCACAAACCAGGCGGUGGAAACGUGGAGAUCAAAAACGAGAAGCUGGAGUUUAAAGUUCAGUCCAAGGUCGGUUCUCUUGGAAACAUCGGCCACGUCCCUGGAGGAGGACAGAAAAGGAUUGAGAGCCACAAACUGAGCUUCCGCGAGCAGGCCAGGGCCCGCACCGACCACGGCGCCGAGAUCGUCUCAUUGGAAGACUCCCCCCAACAGCUCAGCACCGUGUCCUCCUCCGGCAGCAUCAACAUGGCCGACUCCCCGCAGCUCUCCACGCUGGCGGACCAGGUGUCCGCCUCCCUGGCCAAACAGGGCUUGUGAAUGCACCCCGGCCGCCCCGCCCUCUCUCCACCGCCACCUCAGAAACACGACCACGUAGACGAGUUGUGAUGCCUUCCUCGUUGUUUUCACAGGACUUUUUUAGCUCCCAUCACUGUUUAUCCUUCACUAACCUUUCAAACAGUUCUCGGGCCAUUCCUAGAAGAGUAAUCAAGAAAAAAAUGGAGCGUAGGCCGAGAUGUCCUUGAUUUCUCUCUGUGGUCUCUGAUCUCUACGUUCGCUAUUAGUUCCACCUUUUCUAGACGUCCCUUUAAGAGUUAAAGCAACCCAGCAGAGCUCCUCGUGAAUCUGAUGAAUUAUUCUUCACAUAUCCUGGUGAAUCUGGUUCAACACUGUAAACCCAUCAGAACGUUGUUUUCAAUGUCCCCCGAGUUUUUUUUAUUUUAUUUUCUUAAGUGAUAAGUAAAACAAGAAUAGCAACCAGGAAAUCGGAGGGAAACGCCGACUGUUCGGGUUCAGUUUGUGCUAAAGCAGAAGGGACAGUUACAGGGUAUAGGUGACGGGCGCGUGAGGAAAAAACGUUAAAAAGAAAAGUAGCAAAAGUUUCUCGUCAAACGCAGAAGAAAAACGCUUUCAGACCUCACUGCGGUCUUCGCUUCGUCCCGACGUGUUCUGCACCUCGAGGUGCUGCAGGUGACGUAACCUGGAUUUUAAAAAAGAAAGAAAAAAAAAGAGAACAGCUAGACUAGAAACUUCGGUUUGUGUGGGGCACCGUUUUAUAAUCGUACUCUGUGGAUAUAUGACAUGUAUUUGAUAUGAAGAAACAUUUGUAUUGUGCCUGCUACUGUCAGUGUUUUUUUUGUUACUGCUCCGUUGUAAACGCGCUGAAGCUCGACGUACGAGAAGGAAAAUUAACCGGUAAGCAUCAAAAGUGUAACGUUCGUGGCCAAAUUAUCCAGAAACAGAAGGAGUUUGUGAUUUACAGUAUUUAAACUGCUGUGCGCACUCACAGCUAGCUAGCCAUGCUCAUCGCGGUUAAGUCUUAAGGCCACUUAUGAGAUAAUGCAAAAUGCUAAGACUGUUAAGCAUUAAGCUAAAACAUGAAGUAAUUCAAUAACUUGAGCUAACGAAUUCAACUUUUCAUGUGUGAGAAGAAUUUAGUUUUAUUUCUUCUCUCACACGUUCACGCUAUGAAAAAAACGAGUAUUUGAAACGGGAAUGAAUACGUACGUGUUGAAAAGCAGAUGGAUGGAAGGUUUGUUGUUUUGCUUUGUUGUAAAUGCGCUAAGCUUGAUGUACGAGGAUGGAAAUUAACCGCAAGUCAGGAAAAGUGCAACAUUGUUCGCAUUCACAGGUAGCUAGCGUUCAUCGUAGUUAAGUUUUAAAACAAGCCACUCAUGAGCUAAUGCUAAAUGCUACACCUGUAUAGCUUGCAAACAGUACCACGAGUGUUGAAGAAUCAAAAAGACUUUUGAUAACAUUAGCUAACAUUGGUUAACAUUAACAACCACAAGCUAGCAAUCAUACCAGGCCAGUGCUAAUUUUCACAAAAUUUACUUUUUCUCGAGACAACUUAGCAUUUAGCUAAAACAUCAGCACAAAUGUGGAAGAAUCAGUCAUUUGAUUACGUGAGCUAACAUUAGCUACCUUAAGCUAGCGGUCCCAGCAAACCAGUGGUGCUAAAUCGAGCGAAGGUGCAUUUUAAUGUUGAACGUGCUGAUAGAUGGAUUUUGGCUAAGUUGAGGUGAGGGAAUUUUUUCUUACUAGUUUUUUUUAAAUGCGCUAAAGUUUGAUGUAUGAAGAAGAAAAUUAGUAUUAAGGCAUUAACGUGUAACGUUCAUGGCAAAAUUAUUCAGAAAGAGACAUUAAAUACAGUAUUUAAUCUGCUGUACGCACUCGCAGGUAGCUAACUACGUUCAUUGUGGCUAAGUCUUAAAGUUAGUUAAAACAGUAGCAUUAGGGAAAAAAGGAUCAAAAAGUAAUUUGACAUUAGCUAACAUUAGCCUCCAGAGGCUAGCGGUCAUACCAGCCAGUGCUAAUUUGAGCGAAGCUGCAUUUCGAGCUCACUGAUUGAACUUGUUUUAUUUCUUGUCGCAAAAGUUACACACUCAAACUUUAAAAGUAUAAAAAACGAGUGUUUUAAAUCACGUAACAUGAAGAUGAACAUGUUGAAAAGCGAAAGCAUGUUGACCGGAGUGGGUCGAGGUGAGAUGAGCGCCGCUAACGGGAGAGAAAGUCAGAUACAGAGACGCAGGAUUCAUCAGGAUGUGGCUCAGCUGGUUGUUUUCACCUUUAACGCUGCGUUCCGUCACAGCUCAGAGCUCGGACUCACCGACCUCUGAGUGCGAAGUUGCGUCUGGAGCGCCCCCUCAAGUAGGAAUCCAAGAUGGCUGCUCCAUGUAUCAACAGUAGUGAAAGUUUUUACUGCUAGCACUUCUAUCGUACACUUAGUACUGUCCAAUUACUGUCUGUAGACGUGUUACUACGGCGUUAGUUAGCGUACUGCGUUAUUACGAAUUUGUUUUGCUAACAAUGGCUAACGACUGUCGACUCGGGGUUUUUCCGGUGCGACGUCAUUCGAGCUCUGAGGUGUAACGGAUCGUAGCAUAACGCUCAAGUUCCUGGCAAAGAAAACGAGACACAGCGUGACCAAAAGUAUGUGGACGCCUGGAUUUUACACCUACUGGUGUUAAUUCGUUUUCUGGGAUAAUUCAACCGGUUGUAUAGAAGACGAAGUUCUAGACUAACUUAAAAAACUCAGAUUAGAGGAAGCUGAUGUUUGUUUUCUUCCCUUGAGCCCUGAAGAUGAUCUAACGACCCCUAGUGGGGAGUCUGGGUAUGGCGCUGGAGUCUCAGCCCUGAUGUUGGUAACCGCUGGUUUGAUUGAUUAUUCUCAGAUUUUCUUAACUGCGACUAAAGAGGCUCAACCUUGAAGAAACCAGAAUCACGAGUUCUGAAGUAAAGUAGGUUGACGGGCUCGUCCACAUAUUUUUGGCCGUACGGUGCAUUUCACAUAAAGGAAGAUUUAUUUACUUUUGUGUUGAAGCUUUUAUUUUGUAUUCUAACAACCAGCUGGAGAUGACCGGUUUCCUCUUUUCGUCAUAUGUUAUCUCACAUUCUCAGAAAACGUCCUAAUGAAUUUUCCUCGUGACUUAAUGAGUGAAACAACUUCUUGCAUGCUCCUCAUGUAAGAGACGGCCGUCUGCUUGUUGCCUCCCUUCACAAAGUGGUCUCUUUGUAUAUCCUGUUUAUAUCUAUGCUUCUGGUAGAAUAUGCUGACUAAAAAAAAAAAGGCAAGGUGUGUGUGAGGUGAUUAACUUCACACUCAGGUUGUGAUGAAGUCCCACAAUUUGCUCCCACCUCUGUAUGUGCAACAAGUUGCUGACAUAGAUAUAAAACUGUAUUUUAUCUCUAUGGUUGCAAAGACGCUUCUUUAAUUUAAAAAGAAACAGACACAUGAGAUUUUAAAAGGUGCAACGCUACAUUAUCUGCAUGCUACAGUAAAUUCACGGUUCUCUUUUCCAUUGAUCGGCCACAUCGGACAGAGAGUGCAGGGCAGACGAGAGGAGUCGAGCGUUAAAGGUUUGAGCGCCGCCUCCUCUCUGUGCUGGACCUCUGCACCGGAGGCGUUUCUGCAGUGAGAGAAACUCGUCACCUCUUUUUUGGUUUCAUUCUGACGCUGUACAGUUGUGGAAAUGUGAUUGUUCUCGUUACUGUGCAUUUGAUCAAUAACUGGUUUAUGAUGAUUCUUGUUGCUGUAUAUGUGUAUUUGAAAAUAAAUGCUAUGAAGUCAC